ACUAAGCUCCAUACAGCAAGCAAAGGUACAACCAGCUCCACCAUGAAGUCUUUCGCCGUAAUCCUUCUUUGCACUAUUGUUGCCUGCUCGGCGAGGCCAGAAUGGAAUGGCUACCAAGGUUGGAACCAAGGGUCAGGUCUAAACAACGCUAACCAAGCACAACAAGGCGUGAACAAUGUUGCUAAUCAGCCUGCAUACCAAAACUUAAACAACGUUGCCAAUCAAGGAGUGAACAACAUUGGCUACAACAACCAAGCCUACAACAAUGCUGCUAACCAGGCCUCAUACCAGGACGUAAACAACAUCGCUAACCAAGUGUAUCAAGGUGUAAAUAACGGCGCUAACCAAGCCCAACAAAAAGUGAAUAACAAUCAAGUCUCAUACCAAAACGUUGCAAACCAGGCUUCAUACCAAAACGUCAACAACGUUGCCAACCAGGAAGUCAACAAUGUUGCUAAUCAGGCCUCAUACCAAAACGUCAACAACGUUGCUAACCAGGCCUCAUACCAAAACGUAAACAACGUUGCUAACCAAGCCUCAUACUUGAAUAACCUGAACAAUGCUGCCAUCCAAGGCUCCCAAAGAGUGAAUCAAUGGCAAGGUAAAAAUUGGAACGUAAAUCGCUACACAGGACAGCAAGCUGAGGAAACCGCUACGUCCUGGCAAAACUACGCAAGCGAUGUUACUAACUUUGCCAAGAACGUCAUUGCUGAAUCCAACCAAGCUCAACCUCAAUCUCAACCUCAAGCUCAACCUCUAACUCAACCUCAACCUCAACCGCAACCUCAAGUUCAACCUCAAGUUCAACCUCAAGUCCAACCUCAAGUUCAACCUCAAGUUCAACCUCAAGUUCAACCUCAACCUCAAGCCAAGGAACAGUACGCAAACCAAGUAAGCCCUGUCGCUUACCAAAAUUCGUACCCAGUCGGAAACCAAGCUGUGAACCAAGGCGCUUACCAAGUUCCAAACCAAGCCGCGAACCAAAAUGCUUACCAAGUCGGUAACCAAAACGCUUACCAAGCCGUUAACCAGAACGCUUACCAAGUCGGCAACCAAAACGCUUACCAACCAUUGAACCAAGUUGGAAACCAAGCCGUCAACGAGAACGCUUACCAAGUCGGUUACCAAAACGCCAACCAAGUCAGUAACCAAAACGCUUACCAACCAUUGAACCAAGUUGGAAACCAAGCCGUGAAUGAAAACGCUUACCAAGUCGGUAACCAAAACGCUUACCAAGUUCCAAACCAAAACGCUUACCAAGUUGGUAAUCAAAACGCUUACCAAGUUCCAAACCAAAACGCUUUCCAACCCUGGAACCAAGCUGGAAACCAAGCCAGAAACCAAGUCGUGAACGAAAACGCUUACCAAGUCGGUAACCAAAACGCUUACCAACCCUGGAACCAAGCUGGAAACAAGGCCGUGAACGAGCCAAGCCAAGCCGUUAACCGAAACGCUCCCCAAGUUGGAAACCCCGCCGUGAACCAAGAAGCUGCUCAAAAAGAAAAUCAAGCUGUGAACCAGGCUGACCAAGAAUACCUUCAAAAUUAA